UGGUUCAUAUUGAUGACUGGGGUUUUCGUUUAGGAUUUUUUAAAAUUGUCAGAUCUCUUAUGAAAGCCUGGAAACCCUCAGGCCUUAGGAGCAGAGUCAGGAAUAUCAGAUCUGACUGAGCAGUGAAAAGGGUAAAUUAAGGAAGGAUAGCCAAGACAAAACCAAGGGAAGACCAGAUCAUCGGGAACAGGAGAGCAUUCACUUUGAAGUGAGCAAGAGCCAAUAACACGCCACCUCCAACAUGGCCACUGAUCUCUGGAUGCCAGCCCCAAUCUGCCUAAUUGAGAACAGUAAGGGGCAACUGACAGUGAAGCAAGAAGCAACAGAAAUCCUUGCUACAGUGACCCAGCCUGUGGUAGUGGUGGCUAUCGUGGGCCUCUACCGCACUGGCAAGUCCUAUCUGAUGAACAAACUGGCAGGGCAAAAGUCAGGUUUCUCCCUUGGCUCCACAGUGCAGUCUCACACCAAGGGCAUCUGGAUGUGGUGUGUUCCUCAUCCCAAGAAACCAAAUCACACCCUUGUUCUCCUGGACACUGAGGGGCUGGGUGAUGUGGAGAAGGGAGACAAUAAGAAUGACGGGUGGAUCUUCGCCCUGGCUGUGCUACUGAGCAGCACCUUUGUCUACAACAGCAUGGGCAUCAUCAACCAGCAGGCCAUGGACCAGCUGCACUAUGUGACAGAGCUGACAAAGCGAGUCAGAGCUCAACCCUCUCCUAGUACAGCAGAGGUGGAAGACUCAACUAACUUUAUAAACUUCUUUCCAGACUUUGUGUGGACUGUGCGCGAUUUCACCUUAGAGCUCAAAAUCAAUGAGCAGCCCAUCACCUCUGACGAGUACCUGGAGAAGGCGCUAAAACUCAAAGAAGGUACCAGUGAUGAAGUUCACACAUUCAAUCUACCCAGGCAGUGUAUCCACCAAUUCUUUCCCAAGAAGAAGUGCUUUAUCUUUGAACCACCCACCCAUGGCAAGAAGCUUGCCCAGCUUGAGAAACUUCAUGACAAUGAACUAGAGGCUAACUUUGUUGAACAAACUGAAAGCUUCUGCUCCUAUAUCUUCCAACAUUCCAAAGUAAAAAUGGUCCAGGGAGGUAUCACAGUCAAUGGGCCCCGUCUACAGAACCUGGUCCUGACCUAUGUUGAGGCCAUCACCAGGGGAGAUAUGCCCUGUAUGGAGAAUGCGGUCUUGGCACUGGCUCAAAUAGAGAACUCAGCAGCAAUUCAAAGGGCCCUUACACACUAUGAAGAGGUGAUGAGACAAAGGGUCCAGUUCCCCACAGAAACCCUUCAGGAGUUGUUGGACAUACAUGCCUCCUGUGAGAGGGAAGCCACUGAAGUCUUCAUCGAGGAUUCUUUCAAGGAUGUGGACCAGAAAUUCCAGAAGGCAUUGGUGAUCCAGCUAGAAGCCAAGCGAGAUGCCUUUUGUAACCAGAACCUGAAUGAGUCGGCACAGAGGUGCAGAGCUUUGCUCCAGGAUAUUUUCAGGCCUCUCGAGGAAGGGGUGAAGCAAGGGUUCUUCUCUAAACCAGGAGGCUACGGUCUCUUUCUCCAGAAGAAGCAAGAGCUCAUAGAGAAGUACAACCAACAUCCCAGGAAGGGGAUACAGGCUGAGGCGACUCUGCAGGAAUACCUGAGGUCCAAGGAAGACGUAGCUAAAACGAUUGAGCAGACAGAUCAAGCACUCACAGCAAAAGAGAAGGAGAUUGUUGCUGAGCAGGAGAAGGCUCAAGCUGCAGAGGCCGCUGCAAAGCAGCUGCAGGAGCUGCAGAUGAGGAAUCAAGAGAGGCAGGAGCAGAAGAAGAAAAGUCAGCUGGGUGGUGUGAAGGAAGUACCUGCAAGGGUGGAGGCUGAGGUGAAUCGCUGGUGUAAGCAUGUGAGGAAGCUGUUCUGAAAUUCCAGGAACAGGAAAAUUGACUACAAGAAGGAUUCAAUGCCAAAAACUGCUCCAGUUUCAGCAUCUGGUCCAAUCUCUCCAUGGCAAAAUGGAACACCCUAUAGGAAAAGAAGCUAUGUCACAUGACUAAGACUGGGGCUUACCCUCUUGCCCACCCUGAUCUACAGCAAAACUUGAAGGAGAAGCUUUAGAACUGAGGAUAUUUGGCACUUGACUAAAGUUUCUAAGCUAAUAAUAAUACUGGACAUUCGGAUAACACUUUGCAGUUUACAAAUAUGAGGCACAAGUAGUAAUGGCAAUAAAACAGUCUAAUUACUCUGCGGAUAGAACACUGAGCCUGGAGUUAGAAUGGUCUGAAUUCCAAUCCUACCUUAAACACUUACUAGCUAUGCAGUCCUGGGUGAGUCACUUAACUUGUCUGCUUCACUUUCCUCUAGUGUAAAAU